AUGAGGAUCAUUUUACGGUCUUCAAAAGAGAAAACCAGUCUGGAACAGCGACAUGUCGAGGCCUUAUUUCACCGGGAGGUUAUGGCGAGUAUGACUCGUCAGUUGAAAGCCGAGAAGGCUCAUGUGGACAAUAUUCGAGAGGUGUUGAAGCUGCUGGAGAGAGGUGACUCCUUGGAAUUUAUCAAAUAUUUCUAUCCUAAGAAGAAGACUCGUCUGGAUUUGACAUCUGACGGGGAGAUCGAAGAUGAUCCAGAUGUAGAGAUCGUCCUUAAGAGGAGAGGUGGUUCUUCUACUCGAGUAGGAUCGCCAGUGCUUGUGGAGACUCAAGUGUUGUCGCUGUUAGAGCCGUCUCCAAUGGGUGGAGGGGCUAUCAUUGAUCAUAGACCGAUGCUGCCGAAGGAGAAGUGGGAUUAUGUCAUUGCCAACCACGAGCGGGUUUACUACUGGGCCAACCGCGAGUGUGUAAGUGGAUUUACGACAAUGCCGACCACGAGCGGGUUUACAGCUGGGAAACUGCCAGGCCCAGGCCCAGCUCGGGUUUUGGCCAUGCCUAGGUCCCACAUCGAGGUUGGUAACGCGUUUGAGGACCAAAUCACCUCCCGAAAAGUUCGAGGUCCGGCCAUCACCAUCAUCAUCGUCUUCCUUCUUCACGCGUCGAGAAGCCGAGCCGUCUCCUUGCCGCGAGCCCUCCACCGCGAUCAGCAGCAACCGGCGACCAACUUCCGCCGCUCCCCUGUUCGCACAACAUCUACCGACGAGCCCUUCUUCCUCGCUAGAUCACCGUCGCCGUCCUCAGUCACGCGCAGGAACCUAGCGGCGAGCCACCCUCCGCCAUUCGCUGGCCACUCGCAGACGUCCACCGGCGAGUCCUCCUCCCCACGAGCAGUCGACACUCCUCCCGGCGAAGCCUGUCCACGCACAGAAGCCGCCGGCGACCCUCUUUCUUCCACCGCGGGCCGUUGA